AUGAGAAGAUGGGGAAGACCUUAUGUGACCCAGCAGCACUUACGAUAUCUCACCAACAACUAUAUUGAAUCGUGGCACAACCAGCUGAAGACGAUUUAUCUUAACCAUAUACAUAUAAGAAGACUAGACCGCCUGAUCUUUAUUUUGACCAAUGAUGUAGAGUUUUAUUACAAGGAGGAAAUUCAAGAGGACAUACUCCCUACUAUGAUCAUCAGCCCGUCUGGUGAGAUUAGAAACAGUAUGGAAAAGUCUGAUGGGGAGUGGAAGAUCAAGUCGUUCACGUCAAGUGAUUUAUUUGCCAGUCUUGACUGUGUUUACUUUUUGCAACAAGAUCAAUAUCGCUUGCAAUUACAAUUACCUGAGGUGUCAGUAGCAGUAGAUGAGAAAAGAAAUCAACUUAUGGCAAGUGUAUCAACACUUCAUCAUUAA